UCGCUCAUAUAUAAGGCAGUUCUAAAAUACGGUGAUGGUAGAACUUCUUUUCGAUUUCGAGUGAGAAAGGGCAGAUUUUUCAGCUGCGCGAAGUGCGACAAACAAGUGCGAAGAUGAAGGUCACCUUGGUUUUUAUACUUUUCAUCGCCAUCGCUGUUUUCAGUGUGUCCGGAACGCCACCUCCCCACUGUGCCGCCGGGACGUGUAACCCAGAAGCGUGCGAAGCUGUUAACUGCAGCUGCGGAACCUACAAGGACCAAUGCGAGUGCUGCGACCUCUGCCACAAGUGUCCCGAUGAAGAGUGUACCACCCAGCCCCCGGACCCUUGCACGGAGGGCUACCACUGCACCCUGGACGAUCUCGACCAAAGAAUGGAGACCGGAGGCACGAGACACUGCAGGCCCCACAACGAAACAGCCACCCGACUCCACCACCGCACCCAUUAGGAACACCACAGCUAAAUGCGUUUGCAAGAAGUGUCCCCCUAGACCUGCAGCACCUUGCGAUAACAGUAGACAGGGUUUGUCCGGGAAGUAGUAGGACUGAUUUUUUCCCGCCAAAACGUGAAGGAAGGGGGUGUUAAUGCGCUGGUUGGGUGGUGGGGGGUCUUAGCUACGAGCGCACCAGUCGCCAGUCGGCUCCUAGCUUUCACGGGGUGUAGAUUGAGUUUAAGGUGAACCCCUUUCAAGGUGCCUUGUCAUCGGCACAAUGAAUCGUUUGUUAGAGCAGUGUUAUGCGGUGAAGUUUUGCGUCAAACUGGGUAAAACUGCGAGCGAGACCCAUGGCAUGACCUAGACUGCUUAUGGGAUUGAUAGCAUGGGUCCAUCAAGUGUCUUUGAGUGGCGCAAAUUGUUUCGCGAGAGAAGACAGCAAGUUGAAGAUGAGCAACGGUCAGGAUGCCCUUCAUCACGACAAUGCACCAAGCCACACCGCCUUUGCUGUCAUGGACUUCAUGAUCAAACAUGGCGCCACAGAGCUUCCCCAGCCACCCUGCAGCGCAGAUGUUGCUCCUUCAGACUUCUUCCUCUUCCCGCGACUGAAAAGGUUCAUGAAAGGACGGCAUCGUGGCUCGGUCCAGGCCAUUCAAGAGGCCCUAACGAGGGAGCUGAAGAGCGUUCCAGUUUCUGCGUUCCAGGGAGCGUUCAGUGAUCGGCAGAGUCGACGGAAACGCUGUGUUGAUGCAGAAGGGGUAUACUUUGAAAACUGUUAAGUCGAUGUGUCAAAGCUGUGAAUAAAGUUCCUUUUAAAAUUCAGUCCUACUACGUUCACGGACAAACCCUGUAUUUCUACGUAUUAGUCGCCACUUAGUGCUUUAGAACAAAAAAGAACGUCGUGAUAAUAAAGGUACAACUCAGUUUCA